AUGUUCGUAAAGCUCGUGUACUCGGGAGCAAACCGUGAUGGAGACUCCAGCUCUGACGUUUGGGGUGUUUACAGACACUCCAUGGUUGAGGGGCUCUCCAAAGACCCACCUACAGGAACAAAUGUGCCCCCUCCCUCCUCGGCUGCUGCUCUUUCAUCUUGUACGCUCGACACAGACGCACUGAUCUUCAAACUGAGGGGAGCCGUUUACUCCGGAGCUGCAGACAUGGACUGCUGUGGAUAUUUACGCAUGGCUCUGAUGUGGGGGGUGCAAUUAGGAGCCCUGGCACAACACGCUCCAGAGUGCUACCCAGGAGGCCAUCGAAUUUUACGCAAUCCAUACCGCAGUAUUGACUUCGACUCUACAGAGAUCCAGAACACAGCCAUCCAGGACCUGAUCUGUGACCACUCCCUAAUGCCCGGCUGGUACAGAUUCAGGAUCAACAACAAGCCGGCGGAGAUGCCGACCACCUGCAUUGAGAUGAAUCACUGUGGUACUCAGGCUCCGGUGUGGCUGUCACUGAGAGACACCUCUCUGCCACGGCCCGGUCAGGUCCGACAGCUUUCUGCCUGUGCCACCUGGCAAUUUUUCCAAGGCAGCACCAAAGAUUGCUGCCUUUUCCGCAUCACUGUCACGGUGAGGAACUGUGGCGAAUUCCUGGUGUACUAUCUGCAGCCAACGCAGGGCUGCAUGGGAUACUGCGCUAAAGUUGCUCCAGAAUUGGGAUCCAAACUCUGUUCACCAGGAGAAGUGCAAGUUAAUGGUCGGUGCAAAGCUGUUACUCCGUCUCUACCGUCCCGGCCUGUAAUCACCCCGGAGCUAAUCGGACACAGCGUACACCUCAGGUGUUCCUUCAUUCCGCUGCCAUGGAGCCAAGCUUUGGGCUUCCAGGUGGUUUGGGCCAGACACAUCGGCCACAACAUGAAGGUUGAAAUCAGGCAGGAGUCUGCAUUGAAGCCCUUCUCUCUGGUGGAAAUGGAUGGCGUUCACUUCAGGCUCGGAGAAACGUUCUCCUGCAGUGUCUCAACUUUCAGAGUCAACUCCAACGACUCCAGAUCUUCACCAAAAGAAAGUGAAAGUUUCUACGCUGGAAUAAAGUUUUCUCCAGAUUCGCUUCACAUAGCAGAGAACAGCAAAGAGCAUGAGGUGACCGUCCACAGCACAGUGCCCAUCCCCUGCUUCAGGUCCGACCUCGGCCACCAGUGUGGAGUCCCUCUGACUCUGAGUGUCCAUGAUCCAGACGGCCUCGUCCACAAGGUCUCCAAUGUGGUCCUGUCCGCCUGCCGGGUGGAAAUCCAGCCGAAAACCUGCAGCGAAGGCAGCUGUGGCAGGGCAAAGUUUUUUGUCACUGCUGUGACUGAUUUCACACGAGAUGGGAAUCGCCCGAGCCUGGUCUCAGCUGUGCCAGGUCCUAGUGUACCAAGUCUCUGGAGGAGCUAUGUCCCAAAAUCUCUCCAAGUCAUGGUCCAGGAUGUUCCCACUUCCAUCUGCUACUCAUUGACUGAUCCACAUGUCAUCACAUUUGAUCGACGGCAUUAUGAGAACCACCAGACUGGAACUUUUGUCCUAUAUCGAAGCCUUACAAGGAUGUUUGAGGUCCAUUCCCGCCAGUGGGACUGCGGUAGCCGACACUACUCUGUUGCCUGCAACUGUGGUGUUGCAGUGCAAGAGGGGAACGACGUAGUCAUCUUUGACAUGUGCAAUGGGCAACUACAAGAAACAAAGCCACAGCUUACUCUAAAGAACCCCAGUGAUGAGGGUAGUCGGGUCAGGGUCUUGGAGUCCCAUCAGGGGAGGAAGGUCACCUUUAUCUUUCCCUCUGGGGCCUUUGUUAGGGCGGAUGUAAGUGACUGGGGGAUGAGCCUGUCUGUACGAGCACCCAGCGCUGACUAUGGCAAUACCCGAGGCCUCUGUGGAACCUUUGAUCAUAAUGGCAACAAUGACUUUCAGGGUUCUGGUGGUGAUUAUUUUGGCCCUGAUGACUUGGAUCACUUCAUUGAGGACUGGAGGAUAGCUCCAGGUGAAAGUUUCUUUGAUAAAACACCUCCUGGGGUCAUGCAAGAUAUCAGGCGACCUUUCUGUCAGUGCCAUAAAGAAUACAGCACGUCUCCUAACCAUGGCAGAGAGGUAGAGGACGUGCACAGCUCUUUGGCUCAUUCUGACUGCAUAGAAUAUGACAAUGUGGAUUACACAUCUGUGUUUCCCUUCAUGGACACAACAGUGGAGUACAUCAAGAGUCCUGAAACACUGGGAAGCAUCCUGGAAAUGUCUGCCUUCAGCAGUCAUCCACUGGAGAAAAGGCACAUUUGGAAGCAUGGUGAUAAAAAUCUAAAUGGUGAUGAGAUUAAGCUGGCGGUUGAGUUUGGAAAGGAUCUACUGCUUUCUGUUGACAGAACGAAACGACACAACUUGUUUGAAUAUCGUCCCAUUUUUGCAGCUCAAAGCCUGAGACAAGUAGAUUUGGAAAGUUUUGCCUACUUUUUUCCUGAGGACCACUUGGAAGAAGCUCGACAGGAAGUACAACCCCACUGGCCUACACCAAGUGGCCUGACCUCUGCCAAAGCCUUGGAGAUGUGCCAGAUGGCUUUGGUCAACACCACUGUUGGUGCGGUGUGUCGAGGGCUGCUGGGACGCCGUCUUGAUGUAGCAGUAGAGCUCUGCAUGCUGGACCUGCAGCUCAAAGAUGACCUAGGCUGGGAGGAUGCACUUCUGCCAUAUCUGGAGAAUGAGUGCGAGAGACAACUAAUAGAAAACCGUACCCAGCGAGCCACUGAAGUACCAAGUUCACCAAGUGCUUUUGAGGAAGUGUUGCUGGCACUGCGCUGCCCAAACUUUUGCAAUGGAAAUGGAGAAUGUACAGAGUGGGGCUGCCAGUGUUAUCAAGGCUACAGCUUUCAUGACUGCAGCCUGGCCAUUGGCCAGCCAAUCGAGAUAACCGAUUUAGAAAACAGUGGAUUAUGCGACAUCCGAGCAGUUGACUGUCACAAAGUUCGUGUCUUUGGCCUUGGCUUCAUCGACUCUCCUAACCUGAGCUGCCUUCUCACCAGACUGAAGUAUAUGAACAAAGCUUGGGGUCUAGGGGAGCAACAGCGGACAAAAGCCACUUUCCUCAGUUCUAAGGCUCUGGACUGUGCUGUUCCGUCACCAAGUAGUGCUGUCAUCAGUGCAGAAGACUUCAUGAUGGAUGACAAACCAUAUGCACGAUGGGAGAUUAAGGUGACCAAUGAUGGCUCCCAGUUCAGCAAGGCAAAGGUGCUAACGACUUACGAUGGUGUUUGCCAGGUCUGUGAGGCAUCACGCUCAGGGCUCUGUAAGUUAAAGGAGAGGACGUGUAACAUAGACGGGAUGUGUUUUACAGCCGGAAGUGUCAACCCAAGCAGUGCUUGCCUCGUCUGUGACCCCAACACCUCCAAAUACACCUGGUCUGUAAACAGAGACAACGAGCCACCAUCUUUCCACCGACCUCAAAUCAACCUGCGGACAUUUGCCGGAGAGAAUUUUGUCUUUCAGUUAGCGGCGUCUGACCCUGAGGGCUCUGCGCUGCUCUUUCAGCUGGAGAAUGGACCGGAGGGGGCCGUGCUCUCCCCUGCAGGCCUCCUCAUCUGGGGGGUUCCAUCACUUCUGAGGGGAGAGGAGGAGGAGGUCGGGCAGGCGAGACAAUUGUUUCGCUUCACGCUCUCUGAUGAGUGCGAUGCCCAGCGCACCUUUAUGGUGAAGAUUGAUGUGGUGCCGUGUGGCUGUUUGAACGGAGGCACGUGUGUGACAGAUGUGAGCUUUCCUGCCGGCAGUGGGAAGUACCUGUGCGUUUGUCAAGACGGGAAGCAGGGUGAGCUCUGUGACCGCGAUGUAGACGAGUGUUUAUCAGCGCCGUGCGCAGCCGGGAGGUGCAUCAGCACAUCCAGCGGGUACAGAUGUGAGUGUCCUGCAGGGCUGCGAGGUUUAACAUGCCUGGAGGAUAUCAACGAGUGUGAGAGAAAAACCUGUUUUCCAGGAGUCCCGUGCUUUAACAGCUUUGGCUCGUACCGCUGUGGCCCAUGCCCUAAAGGCAUGCUGGGAAAUGGGACAACUUGUUCCGCAGUCUUCACGCCUCCCUUCAGCUCCUUGACACCAGCCCCUCGCACAGCUGUUUACAAGAUACCAGAUGUUCUGCUAAUAGACCCUCAAAAAAGAAUGGAAAUCUUCCCAAGUUCAUCUGGCACCUCACCGCAGAUAAAACCUGAGGAGGGGAAAACAACUCAGAGAACUGGCGUGAAAGCUGAGUCCAACUCUUGGAGGAAUAUCUCAGGAAUCGCCUUCGAUUCAAAGAUUCAAAGAGCAGAAACCAACAAGAGAGGUGGAGCAGACGCGCCCCAAAAAAUCAAUCAUGAACGGAGAAAACCUCAAGAAGAAAACCCAAACUCACCCAUCAACACAAUGAAGAAUGCCUCAGGGAGUCAACAAGCCAAACUGGACCAGUCUAAAAUCUGGUACAGAGUGAUCAACUCUUCCAGUAUGGCUGGAAAUGGCAGAACAGCAGCAGGAUCGGCGCAGUCUUUGCCCAUCAACGUGUCGGCUACAUGUGCCAGCAGGCCCUGCUUCCCCGGGGUGCAAUGCAUCAACCGCAGACCUCCGCAUGUUGGCUACGUCUGCGGCCGCUGCCCGCCUGGACUUUACGGCAAUGGUCGCGUCUGCAAGAAGACCUUCAAGGAAGCAUCAAAUCUCCUCCCUCAGCAUCAGCAGAUGUUUGGCAAGUCCAAUCGAUCUUCACAAGAAAGCAAGGCAAAAACCUCCCACCUCCAUGUGCCCACCUUCCCAACCAGGCAAGGCAUCAAAGGCCCAUCCAUGUCUAUUAACAGGCAAAACAAUCCACCAUAUAAAGAACCUAUAUUGGAGAGAGGAGGCGGGACGGGGAGGAGGGAAGCUGUCACUUCUGCUUCGAAAGAUGUUCCCAGGUCAACAGUCAGUGCUUUCCAUAUUUUAAAUUCCCACACCACCUACAAAAGUGGGAACUCCAGAUUGAACACCAGGCUGUACACCCAAUCAAGAACCACUCAUUUUAAAGAACUGGUUCACAAGGUAACUCCGUCCACUCAGUCUGACAGAGUAACACGGCCCGAGCAGAGAGUCCAACAACAGCUCAACCAUUUAGCACCUGCUAAAGUAAAACCCUGGACUCCUUCAAGGCCUGCCAUCCCUCUUACUGCCGCUCUCACCGCUCUGUCCUACACUCUGCCCGAUUCUGAGUUCUCAGCAGAUGGCGAUGAGGUUGAGCCAAAGUCAGAGGAGAUGCCACCAUUGGAGCCUGCAACAACCUUAACUCCAGGCAAGACUAUCUACAGCUCCCCACAACAAAAAUCUAUCCCAAGUCUUAACCGAGUCAGCAGUGUGACGGCUUGCUCUGACCGGCCAUGCUUUCCUGAUGUCCAAUGUGAGCCUGCUAUGGAUGGGGGGUUCCAUUGUGGGAGGUGUCCCAUAGGAUACACUGGAGAUGGGAGAACGUGUCGAGCUGUCUGCAGGCGCACAUGUGGCAGAAACAUGGAAUGUGUUGCACCCAACACAUGCCACUGUAAAUCAGGCUACACUGGAUUAAACUGUCAGACAGCCAUUUGUGAUCCAGAGUGCGUGAACGGGGGAAUUUGCAUCGCUCCAAAUGUUUGUCAGUGUCCCAAAGGUUUUCAUGGAGAAACUUGUCAGCAAGCUCUGUGCAGGUUACCGUGUGAAAACGGGGGCAGCUGCGUGGGACUGCAAACUUGCUCCUGUCUUUAUGGGUUUGUUGGACCUCGAUGUGAGACAAUGGUGUGCGGCCGUCACUGCCACAACGGAGGUCAGUGUGUGUCCCCGGAUCAGUGUUUGUGUCCCCCUGGCUGGACCGGACCGUCCUGUGAGACUGCUCUCUGCUCACCUGUUUGUCUGAACGGAGGUUUGUGUGUGCGGCCAAAUGCCUGCCAGUGUCCUCACGGCUUCUACGGAGCUCAGUGUCAAAACGCGGUCUGCAGUCCGCCCUGUAAAAACGGUGGUUCAUGCAUGAGGAACAAUGUCUGCUCCUGUCUGCAGGGACACACGGGAAGACGCUGUGAGAAAAGUGUGUGUGAGCCCGUGUGUAUGAACGGCGGCAGGUGCGUGGGCCCAGAUGUGUGCGACUGUCCAUCAGGCUGGAGAGGCACGAAAUGUGAUAAACCCAGCUGCCUGCAGUCAUGUCUGAACGGAGGAGAGUGUGUCGGUCCAAACACCUGCCACUGCGCACCAGGGUGGCAGGGCAUGCUGUGUCAGAUCCCUCACUGUGAACAGAAAUGUUUGUUCGGCAGUCGCUGCAUUCGUCCGAACGUCUGCGCCUGCAGGAGCGGGUAUUCAGGAUCUCUGUGCUCCAAAAGGCUCCCCAUCACACGAGGCUGACGUCUGCAGAGCUCCAUCAUCCAGAGGAGAUUUGCGUUUCAUCACAUGGUCUGAUUAGCAUGCAGCUUCAAUCAGAGGAAAGACUUCAUCAAUGAAACCAAAACAUCCUGCAGAUAGAUCCGACUGUAAAUACUUCCGGGUUAUGGUUCUUCACCGAUAAGUCAAACUUCUAUAUGAAUAUUUAUUUAUUUAGUUAUUUUUAAUGUCACAUAUUUCUUGUUGUAUAUGUGCUCAUUUGUGUGUUGUAUCUACUUAUCAAAUCAUUGUUUAUUGGUUGUUUUGUAACAAAAUAAAGAUCCUUCAGAGGAAUAUGCUCCAUCACAUGAAAGACUCGAUUUGUUUAUUUCUGGAAACUAAAGCU